UCAUAAAUCACUGGGUUAUGCAAGCGAUGAUCGAUCACGUCGGUCACCCCUCCUGGCAGGCACAGGUGAAGGGAGCGAAAAAGUGGAUUCUUGAACCCCCGCCUGAAUGCUAUACAACGUGUCAAGUGUUGGAAGUAAUCGUCAAUUCCGGAGAAAUUAUUGUAUUGGACACUAAUCAAUGGUAUCAUCAAACAUUUAUUGUGGGCCAACAGAUUAGUAUCACUAUUGGAUCAGAAUAUGAU